UAGCCUGGGGCGGGGAAUAAGGGCCCCGGGAGAUCGUCGUUGUUCGGCCUUAGUGGGACCUCGCCCCCCGCGGGCACCAUGCGCAAGCUGGGCCUGCAGCGGGACCUGGCCGAGGCGGCUGCGCUGGAGCGGAGGCGGCAGCGGGAGCUGCACAGGCAGAGCCGCAUCUUCAACGCCCGAGUCAGGACGAUCGGGGUUGAUAAGGAUGCUUUGGAUACUCAAAUCAAUGAUAAGAAGAUUCAAGAGGCAAAUGAGAAAGCACGACAUGAGACAAUUGCUGGUGAAAUGAAGCAAAAUGACAAGAUCAUCUGUAUGUUAGAAGAACGACAGAAAAAGGACAUCAAAAACCUAAACAAAGCUGUCACUGAGUUUCAACAGAAUUUUCAGAAGCCAGAAACUCGGCGUGAGUUUGAUUUGUCUGACCCACAGGCCCUGAAGAAGGAUACUCCUGCUCGCCUCUCUGAUAAUGACCCUCGAUGUACUAUAUCUAGCUUGCAGAAGUUUCUAGGAGAAGAUUUAAACCAUGAUCGGAGGGUGAAAUUUCAAAAGGAGCAGUCAAGAGAAUGGUCUCUACAGCAACAGAGAGACUGGAAGAAUGCAUUAGCAGACCAGAAAUUUGCAGAGGAUCUCCAUGACAAGAACAGGAUAGACCUAGAUCAAAAGGCUAUGGAGCUACAAAGAAAAGACGUAGAAACCAGACAAGCUGUUUGUGCAGCUACCAAGGAUUUUAAUAGGACCCAGGUUGCAGAAUUUGCAGAAAGAAAAAUGCUAGAAAAGCGUCAGGAAGAAGAAGAUAAUGUGGCUGAAAUUUCCAACCUCCUUCGAGGAGACUUGCUUUCUGAAAACCCAGAACAAGCAGCCAGUUCGUUUGGGCGACAUCGUGUGAUUACUGAUCGAUGGAAAGGAAUGAACCAGGAUCAGUUGAUGGCAAUACGUUACACUCAACAGCAACAAGUUCUGGAGAAACUGAGGCUGCAGGAGGAAGAACGGCAAAGAAAUGCAGAGUGGGACAGGCAACGUAUACAGGCCGCCAGAGCACAACUUCUUUUUGAGCGGCAUCAACAGCGACUAAAUCGAGAACUUCGCAGAACUCUGGAUAAUGCUAAUGCACAACUCUCCCAGGAGCAGAAAUCAAAAAAAAUUUAUCUUCAGGAGGAAGUGUAUUCAAAUUUUCCAACAGGCCAAUAUUUUACACAGUUUAAUACAACUAGCCGGUGACCUAUGAGACACAUCCACUCUCUGAAAUAUAAAUUUAUGUAAGGUUUAUAGAAAUAAAGUUUGAUUAACUUUCA